GCGAUCAGCCGUUCUGCUGGCUGAGAGAUGAGCGUGCUGGAGGAUGGUCUUCGGGAAACAAGCAACACAGUGCUUCUGUUUUUUUAAGGAGAAUAACAGAUAAGGAAGUGUCAGGAGCUGCUUCUCCACCUCCCUCUCAUUGACUUCAGCCUUUCUCGGCUGUCAUCUCUGCGCACAGACUUCUCUCACUGCGCUCGUCUCAGCCGGCUGUAUUGAGCGAGUUGACACCGGGACCACUACCUGCUGCCCACGGAUUACUAACCCUGCCAAACAUUGCUCUGGAUCCUCCGACCCUGUCUCUGAGUGAGGAUUUUUGACGAACCAAAGAAGGCAAAAAAGGACCUGAGGUUAUUCUAAUUCGGAAGAAGGAUUACUCACAGAAAGAUGUGAUGAGAAUAUUCAUUUUUUUGUUCAGCAAGUGACAAGAGUAGAGAAGAGCGGCGCAAGUCUUCACCUCAGGCUUGUGGGUUGGUUUGAUUUUUGCCCUCCUUCUUGCCAUGAUUUCGUCCAAAGUCUCCCGAGCAGCUUCACACUGACAGGUCGAGCGGGGUUGCCCCAAACAACUUCCACCUCCUUUUCUUUCACUUCUUCAGUCAUGAAAGAUCGAAAGGUGGAAACAACAGACCCUCGCUGUGAUCCCGGGAGCAUAUGGUUCAGCGAGCGGCAUCCAGCUGCCUCCCAGUCAUCCUGCUAAUCAGCUACAGCUUCUGGUGACAGCGUCAGGUUUGGUGAGAUCCAGGGAGUCCCUGACCAAUUGUUACUGGACCAGAAACAGUCAGGAGCCGAACCCCGACGAUCGGAUGAGGCAGGAGAAAGAGGGAGGCAGGAAGAGAGAGAGAUGCUAGGCUGGGGGAAAUACUUGUGACACACAUUGGAGAGCGCCGGACCUUGACUUGGAUUGUAAGGGAUCUUUUUUUUUCUUCAAGUAUAGGAGGGGGAGUGCUUGUGGAGCGGCAUCCCCAGACCCUCCUCAUUACCAACCUGGGUCAACGGAGUGAGAGGCGAGCAUUGCCGUUGUGGAUUUACUGCCUGGGAAGUUUUCCUAUUCACGCUGCAUCACUUAGACUGGAGAGUUGAACAGCACUUUUAAUACAACACAUUUCUUGAUCCGGUUCUCUUUAACACAUCACCUAAUUUGAUGUACAUGAAUAUAACUUGAUCCUAAAAUGUGUUGCUUGGAUGCUGAUGAAAUUUCGAUGCUGAGAUAUUCUACCAUAAACGGGAACUCUGCCACGGUGCACAGCUGGAGCCGCGGCUGAGUCACCAACCAUCCCGCUCUCCUCUUCACGUUUUCUCAUCUUGCAAAAGUUCCCCACCAACCGCCAUCAUUUUUUCAAACGGGUCCUUGGGCACCCCUCGCCACCCUCCCCGCCCCAUGGUGUCUUCCGCCCUGGAGGGGAGGGGGUCGAUGGAGUGGACUAUGAGCCGAUGCCACUAUCCUUCGCCGACACCGCAGGAACGGGAGCGUAGGUACCAACACAAAGUGUCCCUGGUGGUGCGCUACUUCAUGAUCCCCUGCAACAUCUGCCUGAUCCUGCUGGCCAUCUCCACUCUGGGUUUCGCUGUGCUUCUCUUCCUAAAUAACUACAAACCUCCGCACUUCACACCAGCCCAGCCUGUUGAUGGCUGCCGAGGAAUGCUGUGCGGUUUCGGCGCCGUAUGUGAGCGUGACCCCGCCGACCCUGCCAAGGCGGAGUGUGUUUGCAAAAGAACGGACUGCCCGUCUUUGGUGGCACCUGUCUGCGGCUCUGAUUCAUCUACAUAUUCCAACGAGUGCGAAUUGGAGAAAGCUCAGUGCCAAUCUCAGAGACGUAUCAAGGUGUUGCGAAAGGGCCCAUGCUCUCUCAAAGACCCGUGCAGCGACGUGACCUGCAGCUACGGCAGCACCUGCGUCCAGUCAUCUGACGGCUUGUCCGCUAAGUGCAUGUGCCCGCUCAGCUGCGAGGGGCGGACGGAACAGACUGUCUGCGGAAGCGACGGAAAGGACUAUCGCAACCAGUGUGUACUUCAUCAGUACGCCUGCAAGAACCAGAAGAACAUCAGAGUGCAGUACCAAGGACACUGUGAUCCAUGUAAAGGCAGUGCCAACAGUCUGAAGACGCUGUGUCGGGUGGAGGCCCUCACCCGGGAGCCGCUUAUCUUCAGCCUGCCAGAGUCCUGCCCACCUGCUAAUGAGCCUCUGUGUGCCAGUGAUGGUCACAGCUACCCCAACGAGUGCGCCAUGACGGCAACUGGCGUGCAGAAAGGCGUCAAGCUCAGGAAGGUCCACGCGGGACGCUGCCGACGGCUUGAAGAGUGCAGGGAGGAGUGUGUCUUCAACGCUGUGUGUUUGGUGGAGCAGCUGAGCGCACGCUGCUCCUGCGAGCCCAUCGAAUGCGACGGAACGUACAAACCUGUGUGCGGCAAGGACGGCCACACCUACACCAACGACUGUUUGCGCCGCAAAUCCGAGUGUCUCGGCAAGACCCACAUUCCUGUCAAGCACCCCGGGCCUUGUGAUCUAGAUGCGCCGAGCCCCUGCCUGGAAAAAGUGUGUGAACACGGCUCGGUUUGUGUGGUGAAAAACGACGAGCCGGUGUGUGAGUGUCCCGAGGCCUGUCCGCAAACCUCUGACCCGGUGUGCGGCUCUGACGGCCACAGUUAUGGAAGCCCCUGUGAGAUGCGGGCGAUGGGUUGUGCACUGCAGAAAGCCAUCCACGUCCAACACAAGGGGCCCUGUGACAAGGCCUGUGCCAACUGCUCAUUUGGUGCGAUCUGCGAUGCCCAGAGCGGAGCGUGUGUCUGCGCCCAGGAGUGUGUGGAGUCGCACCAGCCUGUCUGUGGCAGCGACGGCAACACCUACAGCAGCCAGUGCCAGCUGCACGUGGCCGCCUGCACCCAGCAAGUUGACCUCAAAGUGGUCAGCCAAGGGAAGUGCAAGACGUGCGGGAACACUGUCUGUGCCUGGGGUGCCGUGUGCGUUCAGAAUCAGUGCGAGUGCCCGCAGUGCUCGGCCGAGACCCUUUCUCCGGUGUGCGGCAGUGACGGAAACACGUACGACAACGAGUGUGAACUCCGCAUGCUCUCCUGCAAGCAGCAGACGAGGGUUGAAGUCGCCAAACCCGGCAGCUGCGAUGAAGACUGUGGUUCAGGAGGAUCCGGUUCAGGGGCUGAGAGCUGCGAACAGGACCGCUGCCGGACGUUUGGCGGAUCGUGGGACGAGGAUGCCGAAGACGACCGCUGUUUGUGCGACUUCACCUGUCACAGUGUCCCCCUCAACCUGGUCUGCGGUUCAGAUGGCAAAACGUACAACAAUGAGUGUGAGCUGAAAAAGACCAGAUGUGACAAACAGCAGCACUUGUUGAUUCAAAGCCAGGGAGCUUGCGCAGACACGUCCCCACCUGAGCUGACAGCCCCGAAACACUGCAGCCAGUCCACCUACGGAUGCUGCUUGGACAAUGCAACGGCUGCCUUAGGGGUGGGACUGGCUGGCUGCCCCAGUACUUGUCAGUGUAACGUCUACGGCUCCUACAAGGGGACAUGUGACCCAGCCACCGGCCAGUGCUCUUGUAAGCCGGGCGUCGGGGGACAGAAGUGUGACCGCUGCGAGCCGGGCUUCUGGAACUUCCGCGGGAUUGUCACUGAGAACAUGAGCGGCUGCACACCCUGUAACUGUGACGCCGCCGGGUCUGUCCGGGACGACUGCGAGCAGAUGUCGGGUCUUUGCUCCUGUAAGACGGGGGUGAAGGGCAUCAGGUGCAACGUGUGUCCAGAUGGAGAGAAGAUGGGCAUGAACGGCUGCGACAAAGGAACUGAGGGCCCCAAAACAUGUGAAGAAUUAACAUGCCAUUUUGGAGCUUCUUGCAUCGAGGAAAACGGUCAGGCCCAUUGUGAGUGCCCGUCGCCAGACUGCAGUGAGAGAAACAAAACCAAGGUGUGCGGCUCAGAUGGGGUGACCUAUGCUGAUCAGUGCCAGCUGACCACAAUCGCCUGCAGGCAGGACAAAGACAUCACAGUCAAACACUCUGGACAGUGCACAGAAACCAUCACUGACCGGGCAGAUCGACCCACACCAAACCCACCCACUUACGGCGUCAUGACCACGCCUGCCCCCUUGCAUCCCAGCAUCGUAUGGGCCAUUCCGCCUCCAAGAACAGAGACCAAGAGCAAGCCGCCGGCCGCCACCCCCUCUACCACCGUCACCCACGAUCACACACCACCAAAUCACCACCGCCGCAUCAACAUUCAACCAACACCGCCACCUUCACCCUCGCCAUCCCACAGCGGCGCCGCGCCCUCUGUCGCGUCCUAUGAGGAGUCCGGCAGCGGCGAUCCAAGUGGUGAUGAUCAGACGGGAGAAGAGGAGGAGCCAGAGCAAGAACCAGGUAGCGGCGUUGCCCCGGAGGUCAGCGGUCAGCAGGCAGAGGACUCUGUUGGUCCCAAGGUGGCCAGCUCCACCGUCCCCGCAGCUGAGGAGCGGUCCUCGUGUGACAACACAGAGUUUGGCUGCUGUCCCGACGGCAAGACGGCAUCCAGCACUCCAGAGGGCACCAACUGUCCCCCUACCAUGAGAUUCAGCGGUUUCCUGCAUUUGGACCAGGUGGAAGGGCAGGAAAUCUUCUACACGCCGGAGAUGGAGGAUCCAAAGUCAGAGCUGUUCGGCGAGACGGCCCGCAGCAUCGAGAGCGCUCUCAAUGAGUUGUUCAGGAAGUCAGGAGUGCGCAAGGACUUCAUGAGCGUUCGCGUUCGAAACCUGGCGCCCAGCAACUCCAUCCUGGCUUUUGUGGAAGCCCACUUUAAACCAGAUACACGGUUCACUGUGGAGGACAUUGAGGGGCACCUGAUCAAGCAGCUGAAGGCCUCCAAAGACGCCGGCAUUUCUGUUUCCAAGCCAGAGGAGGAGAAUAUUCGCUUCAAUAAUUACGGCUUGUCGUCUGUGCCGCUCUUCACCACCACGGCGACUGUGACCACCGCCGCACCCACCACCACCAGGAUUGCAGCCACGGCUCCCUACGUCACCCGCCGCCCUCCGGGAACCACCCGCCGGCCUUUCGUCAGCAGACGCACCACCACGUCCAUGCCGGUCACCACUCGGCCCCCGACCACCACCGCUGCCCCCAUGACCACCACGGCCCUUCCUCCCUCCACCACCGUCUCCCACAGGGACAAGACCCACAAGAAACCUCAGAAGGCAUGCGACUCCCACCCAUGUCUCCACGGAGGAACAUGUGAGGAAGAGGGCUCCGACUUCAGUUGCAAAUGUCCAGCGGGGCGAGGAGGCGCUGUGUGCGAGAAGGUGAUAAAGUAUUUCACUCCGUCUUUCGGGGGGCAGUCCUACUUGGCCUUCCAGACCAUGAGCGCCUACCACACGGUGCGCAUCGCCAUGGAGUUCAGAGCGUCGGAGAAGAACGGAAUCCUGCUCUACAACGGCCAGGAGGGAAAGAAGGACUUCAUUUCGCUGGCUCUGGUCAACGGCAGGGUGGAGCUCAGAUUUAACACGGGCUCGGGCACCGGCACAGCUGUCAGCAAGGUGGAGAUCAACCAGGGCCGCUGGCAUCAGCUGGUGGUCACUCGCAAUCGUCGCAACGCCAUCCUCAGCGUGGACAAUGAGCAGCACGUCUCUGGCCAGAGUCCCCGCGGCACUGAUGGUCUCAACCUGGACACCCACCUGUUCAUCGGAGGAGUGCCAGGAGAAAUGUCGCAAGACGUCAGGGAGAGGACUGGGGUGUCCACUGGCCUGGUGGGCUGCGUCCGCCUGCUGGACAUCAACAACCGACUGUUGAACCUGCAGGAAGCCGGCGGCGACAGCCUGUACGGCAGUGGUGUUGGCGAGUGUGGCAACAACCCGUGUCUCCCCAACCCUUGCAAGAACGGAGCAACAUGCCAGGUCAAAGAAGCGGAGAUGUUCCACUGCAAGUGCACCACAGGAUUUUGGGGUCCAACAUGUGCUGACGUCCAUGACCCAUGUGAGCCCAACAGAUGCCACCCGUCCUCCCAGUGCCAGGCCCUGCCAGAGGGAGGAUACAAGUGCGAGUGUCCAAUGGGACGCGAAGGAAUACAUUGUGAAAAGGUGACAGAAAGGAGAGGAGCGUACAUGCCCCAGUUUAACGGAGACUCCUACCUGGAGCUGAAGGGACUGCAGCUCUACGGACACGAUCUGCGCCAAAAGGUCAGCAUGACUGUGGUCCUCAUGGCCAACGACUCCAACGGCCUGAUCUUCUACAACGGCCAGAAGUCUGACGGCAAAGGCGACUUCAUCUCUUUGUCACUCAACGAAGGCGUCCUCGAGUUCCGCUACGACUUGGGCAAAGGACCUGCCACUAUCAGGAGUAAGGACAGGAUCCAGCUCAAUGUCUGGAACACCGUCAACCUCGAACGGUCAAACCGCAAAGGCGAGAUCGAGGUCAACAAGAAGGACCCAGUCCGAGGAGAAGCACCGAACCUUCAUGUCGAUCUUAACCUGAAAGAGUCUCUCUUUGUGGGCGGAGCACCGGACUACAGCCGGCUCGCAAGAGCAGCUGCCCUCACCGAAGGCUUCAAGGGAACUAUCCAAAAGAUCACCCUGAUGGGAACUCCUAUUCUCAGAGAGGAGAACGCUCUGCGCUCCAGCGACGUGGCCAUGUUCCAAGGUCACCCCUGUUCCCAGGAGCCCUGCCACAACGGCGGACGCUGCAACCCCAUGCUGGACACUUACGAGUGUAUUUGUCAGAGUGGGUUCUCCGGCGGACACUGUGGGAACGCCAUCCACGAGAAGUCUGCAGGGGAGACGGAGGCCAUCGCCUUUGACGGGCGGACGUUCAUCGAAUACCACAACGCUGUUACAAAGAGCCAACUGACCAAUGAGAUCCCAGAUCCCGAGUCUCUGGAGAACCCUUCUGACCAGAGCGAGAAGGCUCUGUUGGUCAACAAGUUUGAGCUGAGCAUCCGCACCGAGGCCACCCAGGGACUGGUGCUGUGGAGCGGCAAAGGCGUGGAGCGCUCCGACUACAUCGCCUUGGCCAUCGUGGACGGACGCGUCCAGAUGACGUACGACCUGGGCUCCAAGCCCGUGGUGCUGCGCUCAUCCGUGCGUGUCGACACCAACCGCUGGAUCCGCAUCAAGGCCAGCAGAGCACUUAGAGACGGCUCCCUUCAGGUGGGCAACGAGGCUCCGGUUACAGGGUCAUCGCCUUUGGCAGCCACACAGCUGGACACAGACGGAGCUCUCUGGUUGGGUGGCCUGGAGGAGCUGUCGGUGACCCGCCGACUGCCGAAAGCCUACAGCACCGGAUUCAUGGGCUGCAUCAAGGAUGUCGUCGUGGACGGCGUGGAGCUCCACCUGGUGGAGGACGCUCUCAACAGCCCCCAGAUAUUACACUGUUCAGCUUCAAAUUAAGCAGAGACAAAUGGGAGAAACGGAAUCUUAAAAAAAAAAAAGAAAAGAAAAAACACCACCCUUCACUCACCCCUCCCUCCCCUGCAUACAGCCCACGUCUCCUGCUGUAAUUAUUUUCUAUUUUUAUAUACGUUUUAUCGCUUUUUAUAUUGAAAGAAAUUUCUAAUGUUUUGUUUCAUAUGAUUUUUCUGUUCCACCUUUUUUUUUAUCGCCCCCCCCCUUAAAGGUUUUCUUCUUUUACCCCCCAUUUUUGUGCUCAUUCCCGAGUCGCCUCAUCCUGUUGCCACAUUCCCCCAAAUCGAGGCGCCUCGCAUCCAUUAUUAAUGAACAUUCCCCCGCCAGAGCCGGACGACCGCUUCAGACGUGGAGCUCUGCAUCUCCUGAAUUCUUCUAACGGGACUUGUAGAUAUCCGUCAAGCUGCUAUGGUGAACAAGUACAGUCGACUCAUCAGCAGUCAUCUCACAGCGCCCGCAAAAUAUCAGCUCGAAUCCUUUAGUUUUGAAAUGUGACUCACUAACACUCGAGAGAGGGAGGGAGCGCUGUGUCCACCACGCGUCAUUAGUCACCAUGCAUCAUCAAUAAAUGUUAUAAAUAUAGAGUAUAUAAAUAAAACCUGAGACUGUGAAUAUGUGCGAUGGGUUUGGAGAAGUUGUGCUUUUCAUGUUCUGUCGUGCGUUCAGUUUUACAAGCAGCAGAUUGAUGACGUCCACUAUAAAUGCAUGCACUUCUGCGGUGUUGAAUCGAUUCUUUUCAUGUUUGUUUCUUCCCUUUGGUUUCGGAGUGGAAGCAGGACUUUAAUGGUGCAUCAGGGCAAACGCUGCCCCCGCCUACAGGAGGCGCUGAAGAGACACAGGGUGGCGGCGACGACAAAAAAAACAAACUCUUCAAGGAUUUUUUUGAAAAAAAAAAAUUUGACUUAGCAGCAUUCCUGAAAGACUCUAUUUUCCGGCUGAUGUUGAAGCCAUAACCACGGGGGAGACGGACGCAAAGAUGUUUUGAUAUGGCAAUAUUCUGAGACGAAAUCAUGUCUUGAGUUUUUUUUUCCUUUUGUACAGCCAACAAGGUGUGAUCUGUGGAGCUGUUUCUUUUUGUCCUCCUUUAGUGAUAUACACUGGAACUACGUCUGACUCGUACACCUGUUUGUGUCAUCUGAGUGCGGAUCAGGACGUUUCUUUUACAACUGUGGCACUCGCUCUGUUUAGUUUACCUCACCCGACAGUAAUAAAGGAGAGUGUGUGUGUGUGUGUGUGCUGUUCACGGACUCAAUCAAUAAUGAAAAAUGGAGUCUGUGGAUUGAUGGGAACAAUGACUUGCCUUAAAAACUAGUCGCCUGGACUCUAAGCAGGCGACACAUCCAUGUUUCCUUAUAUCCAGUGUAUAAGCCUCAUCCCUGUUAUGUACAUGAAUAAUACAUGAGAAUAAUAACAAUUAUAUUAGUAAUAAUUCUCUGCUUUUUACGAAAAAAAAAAUGCUUUUUUUUUCACUGUUUCUUAUUUAUGUCUCAUGUGGAUCUCGCGUCAUCGCUGGCCUCCAAAAGUGUCUGCAAAUCUCCCCUGAAAAAAGAGCCAGCGCACCCAGUUAAAGUGGCAUGACCUCAGCAUUACUAACUUUAUGACCUUUGUCUUGUGUUCCUCCCACCAAAAAUAAAAUGUCAAACAAACCGA